AAGUUUACCAGGGGGAGGGGGCGGGCAGGUUUGAGAAAGAACGCCUAGACGGUGGUGACAGUCCACGCUUGAAACUUUCGGCCUCUAGCCUCGGUUCCAGAAGGCCUAUUUCAACCUGGAAGUGCGGAGCUCUGAGCGCAUCUCCUUGUCAGCAGAGGUUCGUGCCCCCGCCCCCAACUGCUCCGGGUUCUGCGCCUUCAGCGAAGAACUUGGCCCCUGCGUGAGGGACGAAGAGGCCGGGAAAAAGCAUCGCGAUUUGGGUUUGUAAGGAUUUGGUGCUAUGGAGAAAUUUUUGGUUGAAUAUAAGAGUGCAGUGGAGAAGAAACUGGCAGAAUACAAAUGUAACACCAAUACAGCAAUUGAACUAAAAUUAGUUCGUUUUCCUGAAGAUCUUGAGAAUGACAUUAGGACUUUCUUUCCUGAAUAUACCCAUCAACUCUUUGGGGAUGAUGAAACUGCUUUUGGUUACAAGGGUCUGAAGAUCCUGUUAUACUAUAUUGCUGGUAGCCUGUCAACAAUGUUCCGUGUUGAAUAUGCAUCGAAAGUUGAUGAGAACUUUGACUGUGUAGAGGCAGAUGAUGUCGAGGGCAAAAUUAGACAAAUCAUUCCACCUGGAUUUUGCACAAACACAAAUGAUUUUCUUUCUUUGCUGGAAAAAGAAGUUGAUUUCAAGCCAUUUGGAACAUUACUUCAUACAUACUCUGUUCUAAGUCCAACAGGAGGAGAAAAUUUUACCUUUCAGAUUUACAAGGCUGACAUGACAUGUAGAGGCUUUCGAGAAUAUCAUGAAAGGCUUCAGACCUUUUUGAUGUGGUUUAUUGAAACUGCUAGCUUUAUUGACGUGGAUGAUGAAAGAUGGCACUACUUUCUAGUAUUUGAGAAGUAUAAUAAGGAUGGAGCUACGCUCUUUGCGACCGUAGGCUACAUGACAGUCUAUAAUUACUAUGUGUACCCAGACAAAACCCGGCCACGUGUAAGUCAGAUGCUGAUAUUGACUCCAUUUCAAGGUCAAGGCCAUGGUGCUCAACUUCUUGAAACAGUUCAUAGAUACUACAUUGCAUCUCCUUCUGUUCUUGAUAUUACAGCGGAAGAUCCAUCCAAAAGCUAUGUGAAAUUGAGAGACUUUGUGCUUGUGAAACUUUGUCAAGAUUUGCCCUGUUUUUGCCGGGAAAAGUUAAUGCAAGGAUUCAACGAAGAUAUGGCAAUAGAAGCACAACAAAAAUUCAAAAUAAAUAAGCAACAUGCUAGACGGGUUUAUGAAAUUCUUCGACUACUGGUAACUGACAUGAGUGAUGCUGAACAAUACAGAAGCUAUAGACUGGAUAUUAAAAGAAGAUUAAUUAGCCCGUAUAAGAAAAAGCAGAGAGAUCUUGCUAAAAUGAGAAAAUGUCUCAGGCCAGAAGAACUGACAAACCAGAUGAACCAAAUAGAAAUAAGCAUGCAACAUGAACAGCUGGAAGAAAGCUUUCAGGAACUUGUGGAAGAUUACCGACGUGUUAUUGAACGCCUCGCUCAAGAGUAAAGAUUGUACUGCUCUGUACAGGAAAUUUGCAAAUUUCUGUACAUUGUGUUGUGAAAAAUCCGAUGAUUAAUUUUAAAAUCUUGUAACAUUUUACUUACAUUAAAAGUUAUCUAUCUUUAGUUGAAUAUUUUCUUUUGGAGAGAUUGUAUAUUUUAAAAUACUGUUAGAGUCUAUGAGCAUAUAUGACAUUAAAAAAAAGAUAUAGCUUCUGAAAUACCACUGCAAUUUCUUCCCUUCUUAAACAGUAUAAUAAAUGCUUAGUUAUGAUAUGCUAAUGUGUGAUGACAUGAUUCUUAAAUAUUUAUGGUAAACUUUUUCAGUCUUGUUUAAAAAGUUUGGGUUUUAAGUUUUUAUUAUUCCUCCCAUACUUUGCUUCUAAGAUAUUACAUCUGGCACCUUUAAAACAUUUCUAUUAAGAUCUUCCUAGUAAUCUUGUUUUUCCUAUGUGAUUUUUCUAACUAGGAAAUGUUCCUAGUAUAGAUUUGUUUUAUUUUAGACAAACUAUUAACUGUUUGUUAGGGAUAGGGUGGAUGAGAGAAAGGAAACUAGAUACAGCCUAAAACCUAAAUGUUUGGCAUCAGAUAUUAAUUGAAGAUAAUUUAGAAGUUAGUUUUACCAUAAACAUGUUAUAAACAAUAAUGAUGUAAGAUAAUAAAUCAAUUUAUAAAAAUCCAACUUAAUACACCACUAUUAAAAUACAUCUUGUGUAAAAUGA